AUGUCACUAUGCCUUCCGAAUUCUCAAUGUCGUGAUGAUGUAUUCUCGUCAGUACAAGCUGCACAAGCUACGAGUACUUUCGAAGGAGAUAUGCUCGAGAGCUUCGAAACUCAACAGAAUCUUCUGGAGGCCCUGAAGUAUCGAAUGUUGAAUCUGACGAUGAUGGGGAAGAAUUCAACAACCAAGCACAGCGUUACUAAUUUCCCAAUUAAUAAAACAAGUGAAGUCAAAGGAAAUCUGAAGAAGCACACACCAAGAAAGGAGAAGACAAAGGUCCAUCACACUACACCCAAAAUCCAUCUUAUUGGAAAUCUCGAUUCUGAAAAGACGAAGGGAAGAAGCCACUCCAACAGAACAAUUACUAAUAAUCUUCACACUGUUUCAUCCCGAAAACUAACUGGACAACAUGAGAAGAAAUUGGGUAAAACGAUGAUUCCAGAACAAAUGGGAAGAGUGACUGAGAAAGUGAAUGCAAUUCUUCGUUCAACAAAAAACAAUCGUAGUUUUAAAGAACGAAACUCUGGGAGAACUUCUAUGAAAUUAAAUGCUUAUUCAACGAAACACAAAGUCAAACCGAAAAGAAAACUGAUGAGAAAGUUAUCUUCCGGACCUGCUCUGACUGAUGACGACGAGCGCACACUUGUAGAUCAAACCUUUACCAAUCUUCUCAAAAGUUACAAGAACUGCCAAACAUCGCAGCAAUCAAAAAAAGAUAUAGAAAUAUGCAUUGAUAAUGCACAAAAAAAGGGAGAAAGACCGGAAGUAGCCACUGGAACCAUCCAAAAGUUGAAGACAAAAACUGAAAUGAAUGCUGAAAAGGAGAAGGAAGUUGAGUUGAAACAGAAGGACGUAGUUGAUGGAUCCACUGGAAAUUCGACGGAUUCCAUGGAAACGUCCACAACGUCUUCAAGUUCAACGACGACAUCAACUACCACCACAACGACGACACCUUCAACUACAACUACAGAAGCUACAACUACCACAGAAGCCGUGACGACGACUACAGAACCCCCCACAACGACUGCAACGAUAACUGUUGAUGUGAAGACAAGGGAUAGUAAAGAGGAUGCGAGAAGGAGAGAACCGCCAUCCAGCCUUGCCAUCGAAUCCCCACCAUAUCCAGCCAACUGUCCAUCCGAUAGUCUCUUCCUGACUGAAAAUGUUGCAUCGGCAGAGGAAACAACGUCUUCAUUUGUGAAAACAUUUGCAUCUUUUGGCGUUAUAAUUUACAUUGUUUCGUAUAUAUUGUGUUGUCUUCCAUGUGGAUUAAAACCAGAUGUAAAAGUCAAAAAGUUGGAAACUGAUUCAGUGGUUGGAUUAGGAAUGAGAUUGAGAGUUUUAAUUGCUGCCACACAGACUAUCAUUGGAUUCGUGCAACAAUUGAAACACUUCCACUCAUCUAAUCAACCGACUGCUUUUUCCGAACACAUCCUUGUCUGUGUAUUUGUUAUGGUGACAUCGUUGAUCAUUGUUUUUGCUGGUCGCCGAAUCGGAAGUAUUGAAGCUGUUAUUAUCUCAUUUCUGUUCACUGCAAUCGGAGAACUAAUCCUCCUUUUCGCAUCGACUUCGCAGUUUGGAAUGAUUCUAUCGAUUUGUGGAUUGUAUUCUCUUUGGAUUUCAUUAUUCUUAGUGGUUGAGAUCGUUGGUCGUGCAUUUGCAUGUCUCUUUGCUCUUGAACCAGUUUUCAAUGGACUUGAUCAUAUUUUCACGUUCAUUCUAACUGUGUCAAUUGGAAUUCUAUUAUUCUAUGCGAUACGAAUGCUUCAAAAAUCAAAACGGCUGAAAGAGAUUUUGGAUAAUUCUAGUGGUCCAUUGACAACGGGAAUCAGUAAUUCUGCAGGUGGAGAAUACAUUUCCUUAACAGCUCAAGAUGUUCUUGAUGAUGAUGAUCUGAUUGAUGAGGAUGAGAUGGAUCGUAGCUCAAUGGAUCUUGAUUUCGAGCUGGAACAGCUCGGACUCGAACCAGUCGGAGCAUCUUCAUCAUCUCGUGCAUAA